UUUGAAGUAGCUACAGAAACGCCUUGGCCGCCCGGAAGUAUAGUUUUUUCGAUCAGUCCACUUUCCUCUGUGGCGUUUUUUAGCAUCCCUUUUGAUGUUAAUGCGUUUUAUACCUUGAAAGGAGGUCUGACUAUAUGAGUUCUAAAUACACACUGAUGGAAGGAAUGAAAAUGGAUACCACUCACAAUGUAACUCCCCAUCAAACAAGACACACGAGAUUUCCCUGACGUUGAAGGGGAAUGCAGACUUGUCACCCAUAGACUGCAUGCGAGUGUGAUGCCCAGGCGAAGCUUGCCGCUGCAGGGCCGGAUGCGCUGGAUGCUCCUGGGGCUCUUCCUGUUGCUGGUCCUCCUCCUCUUUGCUUACCUGCUGGAGUGCACUCCCCCAGCUGAUGUUAGCCUGGUCCUGCCUGGCCUGGGAGGGGAGUCCCAUGGAAAGGAGUACUACCAGGCACUGCUGCAAGAGCAGGAGGAGCGGUACCUCAGCCGCUCCGCCAGCCUCAAGCGGCAGAUCGCCCAACUCAAGCAGGAGCUCCAGGAGAUGAGUGAGAAACUCAAGGUCCUGCAGGACAGAAAGGAAGGUCCCGGGGUCCAGGGGCUUGUUGAAACCAAGGACCAGGAGCCUGGGGAUCUUCUCGAAUUCCUCCACUCCCAGAUCGACAAAGCCGAGGUGAACACGGGAGCACGAUUGCCCAGCGAGUACGCCCUGGUCCCCUUCGAGAGCUUCACCUCUAGUAAGGUGUAUCAGCUGGAGAUGGGGCUGACCAGGCACCCAGAGGAGAAGCCUGUGCGGAAGGACCGCAGGGAUGAGCUGGUGGAGGUCAUUGAGGCAGCCCUGGACGUCAUAAACAACCCAGAUGAGGAGGAUGGCCAGGAGGAUGAUUUGCCCAUGCAGAGGCAGACCUACACCGAGAGCCACUUUAUUGAGGGGCUGUACAGAACAGAACGGGACAAGGGCACACUCUACGAGCUAUUCUUUGCAAAAGAGGACUCCGACAACUUCCGCCAUGUCACUCUUUUCCGUCCUUUCGGUCCUUUAAUGAAAGUCAGAAGCACGUCUGUAGAAACAACUGGAGUCAUCAUUAAUAUCAUUGUGCCGUUGGCAGGCAGAACAGAGGCAUUCUCACAGUUCCUACACAACUUCAGGGAAGUGUGCAUAGAACACGAUAGGCGAGUGCAUCUUACAGUGGUCUACUUUGGACAAGAGGGCUUACAAGAGGUGAAGUCUUACUUGGAAAAAAUGUCCAGGGAGGCAAGCUUUUCCAACUACACACUUAUCCCAGUGGACGAGGAGUUUUCCAGAGGCAGGGGUCUGGACAUCGGUGCCCAUGCCUGGAAGAAGGGUGACGUAUUGAUGUUCUUCUGUGAUGUGGAUAUCUACUUCACACUGGACUAUCUCAACACCUGCCGUCUUCACACCGCUCCAAACAAGAGAGUCUUUUAUCCGGUGGUUUUCAGUUUGUAUAAUCCUGCCAUAGUCUAUGGAAAUCUGGAGCUGGCUCCCCCCAUUGAAAGUCAACUUAUUCACAAGAAAGAUGCUGGAUUCUGGAGAGAUUUUGGCUUUGGAAUGACAUGUCAGUACCGCUCGGACUUCCUCAAUAUAGGAGGUUUUGACCUGGAAGUGAAAGGUUGGGGUGUGGAAGAUGUCCACUUAUACAGGAAGUACCUGCGGAGCGACCUGAUUGUGACGCGUACGCCGGUAUCUGGCCUCUUCCACCUGUGGCACGAGAAGCAGUGUGCAGACGAGCUGACUCCAGAACAGUAUCGCAUGUGCAUCCAGUCCAAAGCCAUGAACGAGGCUUCCCAUUCCCACCUGGGCAUGCUGGUGUUCCGCGAGGAGAUUGAGAAUCACCUCCGCAAGCAGGCCUACAAGACCCAGAGCAAUACUGAAAACUGAAUGGCUUUUUGUUAGGUGGCCAUCUUGGGUACUCUAAAUCAGAACUCCUCGCAUUUUUAAUUUUUAAAUAUAAAUACAAUAACUGCGGUACACAUGUCGUUACUAACAUGAUUAAAACCAGUUUACACAAAAUAUUGUUACAUUUCACAGCUCAGCUAAAGACACCUAUGAAUGUACAAAAAUGGAUGUUAGUAAAUGUGAAGUGUCAACUUAAACAUUUCAAGAGACUGAGAAUAGCACUACCUGUGUCAGGCUAAUGGAACAUCUUUGAAGCUGGGGAAACUUGCAUAACCUAUCAUUAGCAAGUCAAGGCAAUGUUCUUGCCUGUGAGGUCAAGCAAUCAAUGGACAAAUGUUGUUUUUUAAAAUCGCUACUAUAACCUGUUCUCUCUAUAGCCAUAUUGUUUAAUUUGUGUAAAAAUGUCAAGUUUGGUUUAAAGUUGUACAGUGACUAAAAAAAGGGACCUUUUUAUGUUAGAAUAUGAUUUGUUCAAAGGAACCAUCAGUCAGAGGCAGUGCUCAUCAGCAUCGAAGAUGGUUUAUCCUAUCAGCGUUUAUUUGGAAAUGUACUCAAAUCUACAGAUCGGACUGGAUUGAAGAAGCAAUUGAAACAAAGCUUUGCAAAAAAGCAUGUAGCACAUUCAUAAUUUGCACAAGUGUCAUUCUUAUGACAUUUCUUGAUUUAUUCUCUGAGGAUGAUUCACAGUAUUAUUUCAUUAAAUUGAGCCUUGCAGCCAA